AUGAGUUCCUCCAACUCAAGCCAGCGUUUAGAUCAUCUUCUGAGCGCCGUCGAGAGCGAGUUUCAGAAGGGCAGCGAGAAAGGCGAUGCUUCUGAGCGGGAUAUUAAACUGGCAUUAGAAGAUGCGGAACUAUGGACCAAAUUUAAGGAGCUCACCAACGAGAUGAUCGUAACCAAGACGGGCAGGCGCAUGUUUCCAGUACUCAGAGCAAGUGUGUCGGGCCUGGACCCAAACGCCAUGUACUCUGUUCUUUUGGACUUCGUGGCGGCGGACAACAACCGGUGGAAAUACGUCAACGGCGAGUGGGUUCCAGGCGGUAAACCCGAGCCGCAGAGUCCCAGCUGCGUCUAUAUCCAUCCAGACUCUCCAAAUUUUGGAGCGCACUGGAUGAAAGCACCUGUUUCGUUCAGCAAAGUAAAGCUGUCUAAUAAAUUCAACGGGGGCGGACAGAUUAUGUUGAACUCCUUGCACAAGUACGAGCCGCGGAUACACAUCGUCAAAGUCGGCGGGAUUCAGAAGAUGCUCAGCAGCCAGUCUUUCCCAGAGACGCAGUUCAUCGCUGUCACCGCCUACCAAAACGAAGAGAUCACAGCUCUGAAGAUCAAGCACAACCCCUUUGCAAAAGCCUUCCUGGAUUCAAAAGAGAGGAGUGAACACAAGGAUGUUCCAGAGCUUGGAGGGGACAGUCAGCAGGCAGGAUACUCACAGCUCGGUGGUUGGUUUCUGCCUGGCAACAGCACCAUCUGCCCCAACACCAGCCCCCCUCAGUUCAGUGGAGGUGCAGGCCUCUCCUCGGGGUCCCACUGUGAAAGAUACAGCAGCCUGAGGAGCCACCGGGCCGCGCCGUACCCCAGCCACUACACCCACCGUGCCCCCAGCACCAAUAACUACCUAGACAGUUCGUCGAGUGGCAUAGCGAGUCACGACAGCUGGUCAGCCCUGCAGAUCCCCAGUUCUAGUGGGAUGGCCUCCCUUGCUCACACCACCAACACCACACCUACUCCCAGCCAGUACCCUAGCCUGUGGUCUGUCACCGGGACAACACUGACCCCCUCAGGGUCCCCGCCCAGCUCCAUCACAGGCGGGCUGACGUCCCAGCUUCUGCGGGGCUCCUCUGUCUCCUACUCCUCCCUCACCUCCACCCUGCCCGCCUCCUCCUCCUCCUCCAUGUACGACACGGGGCUGACAGAAGUGGGCGGCAGCGAUGCCCAGUUUGAGAGCUCCAUCGCCCGACUCACUGCCACCUGGACCCCAGUGGCCCAGAGCUAUUGA